AUGAACAACUACAAUUCUCAGUGGGUCUCGUUCCAUAUUCGGGGCCACCUAGACAAGGGCGACGUUCUGGUUCAGAACACUGUCAUUGAAGGCGGUGAGUUCUACGAUGUCAAUGACCGCCGCAAAUCCCUCACUGAAGAGGAGAUCGACGAAAUUGUGAUCCCUUCCGAUGGCGUCGGCGAGAUCGGUGCCCAGAGCCGUCGGGGCAGCGAGGGCCGUCUCGACUUGUUUCAUGACAACUCCAAGAUUUGUGAGCUUCAUUGGGAAAACAGAGGAGGAAAGUAUGUCAAUUUGGUCGAGGUGUUGGACAAUAACGACAAGUAUAGAAUCGAGCAUGGGGGAUGGAGUUCAGAGGCAGGACCUCUCGGACACGUGUUUGUGGAUAUCUUGCCGAAGAAGAAGUAG